UUAGGAUCCUUCAGGGUCCUUCGGGAGUCUUCAGGAGUCUUCAGGGUCUUUCAGGGUCCUUCAGGAGUCUUCAUGAUGAGGACUUCGGGGGUCUGAAGAGACUCAGAGCUGCUGACCAGGAUGUCGUCUCUGGCCCCGCCCCCUCCCAACUCCUCCCAGGCCCCGCCCCUCUCAGACUGGGAGGCGCCCAGCUUCUCCGGCGCCGCCCAGGUCCGUGUGGGCGCCACCGCCGUGCUCUUCGUGUUGGCCGCCUGCAGUAACCUGGCCCUGCUGGUCAGCGUGUGGCGUGGGCGUGGCCGGCGGCUGGCGUCUCACCUGCGGCCGCUGAUGCUGAGCCUGGCGGCGGCCGACCUGAUGAUGACGUUCGUGGUGAUGCCGCUGGACGCCGUGUGGAACGUGACGGUGCAGUGGUACGGCGGCGACGCGCUCUGCAAGCUGCUCUGCUUCCUGAAGCUGUUCGCCAUGCACGCCUCCGCCUUCGUCCUCGUGGUCAUCAGCCUCGACCGCCAGCACGCCAUCCUGCACCCGCUGGACGCCCUGAACGCCCACCGCCGCAACCGCCGCAUGCUGCUGCUCGCCUGGAGCCUCAGCCUGCUGCUCGCCUCGCCACAGCUGCUGGUGUUCGGGGUGGUCCGGGUGGAGGCGGUGGACUUCACUCAGUGUGCGUCUCACGGCAGCUUCAGCCGCCGCUGGCAGGAAACGCUCUACAACAUGUUCCAGUUCACCUCGCUGUACGUCGUCCCCCUGCUGGUCAUCACCUGCUGCUACAGCCGCAUCCUGCUGCACAUACACCUGCUGCACCUCAGGGACACAGCAGGUGAGUCGUACCUGCGGCGCAGCGGCACUGACCUCAUCCCGAAGGCGCGCCUGAAGACGCUGAAGAUGGCGGUGGUGAUCGUGGCGUCCUUCGUGGUGUGCUGGACGCCGUACUACCUGCUGGGGAUCUGGUACUGGUUCCAGCCCGCCGUGCUGCUCGCCACGCCGGACUUCGUGCACCACGGCCUCUUCGUGUUCGGGAACCUGAACACCUGCUGCGACCCCGUCAUCUACGGCUUCUACACGCCGUCCUUCAGGGCCGACCUCGCCGCCUGCUGCCGCCGGGCGCUCUGCCGCCGUGCGCCGCCACGCCCACCGGACCGCCGGGAGGCGGAGCCCGCCACCAACAACCAGCCAGCAGAUUGA